UAGAGACGGAGUUUUGCCCUCUGAAGGAUUUUAGCCUACGGAAAGGAAGAGACUAAUUCCAGAGAGAGUCAAUGCGUUUGACAUAUCCUGUGUGGCUGGAAUUGAUCACUGGAGCUUGGACUUUAUUCUGAAGGCCAUGAGUAGCUUUUGAAGACUUUUAAGUUGGAGAAUGCCCUCUGUAGUGGGUUGAAUGUGGCCUCCAAAAAGAUAUGUUCACUUGGAACCUGUGGAUGUCACCUUCUUUGACAAAAGGCUUUUAGCAGCUAUAAUUAAGGCAAAGCUCCUAGGAGACAACACCCUUGAUUAGGAUGGGCCAUAAAUCCAAUGACAGGUGUCCCUGUAAGAGAAGAGAAGGAUAAAGGAGAUGUAGAGAAGAAGAGGUGAUGCAAAGAUGGAGGUAGAGAUUGGAAUGAUGUGUCUGCAAGCCAAGGAGCACCAAGGAUUGAUGGCAGCCACUAGAAACUAGAAGAGAGGCAUGGAACAACUUCUUCCUCAGUGCCUCCAGAAGGAACCAACCCUGGCCACACUGAUUUCAGACUUCUGGGCUCCAGAACUGGAAUGAAGAGCAAGCGCCAUGUUGAAGCCAUCAUUACCAUUCAGAUCCCUCUUAGUCCUGCAGCUGCCCCUGCUGGGAGUGGCGCUGAACACGACAAUUCUGACGCCCAAUGGGAAUGAAGACGCCACAACUGAUUUCUUCCUGACCUCUAUGCCCACUGACUCCCUCAGUGUUUCCACUCCGCCCCUCCCAGAGGUUCAGUGUUUUGUGUUCAAUGUCGAGUACAUGAAUUGCACUUGGAACAGCAGCUCUGAGCCCCAGCCUACCAACCUCACUCUGCAUUAUUGGUACAAGAAUUCGGAUAAUGAUAAAGUCCAGAAGUGCAGCCACUAUCUAUUCUCUGAAGAAAUCACUUCUGGCUGUCAGUUGCAAAAAAAGGAGAUCCACCUCUACCAAACAUUUGUUGUUCAGCUCCAGGACCCACGGGAACCCAGGAGACAGGCCACACAGAUGCUAAAACUGCAGAAUCUGGUGAUCCCCUGGGCUCCGGAGAACCUAACACUUCGCAAACUGAGUGAAUCCCAGCUAGAACUGAACUGGAACAACAGAUUCUUGAACCACUGUUUGGAGCACUUGGUGCAGUACCGGACUGACUGGGACCACAGCUGGACUGAACAAUCAGUAGAUUAUAGACAUAAGUUCUCCCUGCCUAGUGUGGAUGGGCAGAAACGCUACACGUUUCGUGUUCGGAGCCGCUUUAACCCACUCUGUGGAAGUGCUCAGCAUUGGAGUGAAUGGAGCCACCCAAUCCACUGGGGGAGCAAUACUUCCAAAGAGAAUCCUUUCCUGUUUGCAUUGGAAGCCGUGGUUAUCUCCGUUGGCUCCAUGGGAUUGAUUAUCAGCCUUCUCUGUGUGUAUUUCUGGCUGGAACGGACGAUGCCCCGAAUUCCCACCCUGAAGAACCUAGAGGAUCUUGUUACUGAAUACCACGGGAACUUUUCGGCCUGGAGUGGUGUGUCUAAGGGACUGGCUGAGAGUCUGCAGCCAGACUACAGUGAACGACUCUGCCUCGUCAGUGAGAUUCCCCCAAAAGGAGGGGCCCUCGGGGAGGGGCCUGGGCCCUCCCCAUGCAACCAGCAUAGCCCCUACUGGGCCCCCCCAUGUUACACCCUGAAGCCUGAAACCUGAACCCCAAUCCUCUGACAGAAGAACCCCAGGGUCCUGUAGCCCUAAGCGGUACUAACUUUCCUUCAUUCAACCCAUCGGCAUCUCAUACUCACCUCACCCCACUGUGGCUGAUUUGGAAUUUUGUGUCCCCAUGUAAGCGCCUCUUCAUUUGGCAUUCCCCACUUGAGAAUUACCCUUUUGCCCUGUACAUGUUUUUCAUCUCCCUCAGUCUGGCCCUUCCUUUCCACAGGAUUCUUCCUCCCUCCCUCUUUCUCUCCCUUCCUCUUUCCAUCUACCCUCUGAUUGUUCCUGAACCGAUGAGAAAUAAAGUUUCUGUUGAUAAUCAUCAAAAA